UUUUGCUAAAAACGCUUAUGAACAAAUUUGAUUCCUAGAGACAAUCCCAAACGAGCCGUCAAAAUGCCUCAACCAGAAGGCAAACUGUAGUAUAUAGACUCUCCAGAAGCAAUGGACCAUCAAAUGGGAAAUUAGUGAAAAACAUUCAAUCCACCGGUCAUCAGCAUCAAUCCCCAUAGAUGAAAUGCAAGUUGGGUUCAACGGACUCGUCACUCCAUAGACCCCGCUGAGAAAAGUCUCUCCUUCCCCGGACCCUUUGCUGGGUCUGAGAGACUCCAUUCGGAUCCAUCCGACCGUCACUGACCUUUGGAAAAGUCUCAACGUCCUUAAACUCAAACCUCCAGAGGCCCCAACCAAACCAUCUCCAACCAGCAACCAGCAACCAGCAAACAUGGCCGAUCACGACCACAACCACCACCACCACCAGCACAGGCCUCACCGCCUCUCACUCCCUCAACGCCCCACCACACCCACCACCUUCGCCGCUACACCCACCGCUUUCCCCACCACACCCACCACGUCUAGACAAUACCCUGUUUACCCUUUCUCAUCGUCUUCAACCCCAAUCGCAACUCCGUCCAAACAUCGCCUCUCUUCUCUCAACCCCAAACCAUUCAACCCCAACAACAACAGCAAGUCCUCUCUUUCAUUUCUCUUCUUCCUCCUUCUCUCUCUUCGCUCCCUCUAUUCCCUCCUUCCGUUUCUUCGCUCCUCCCCUUCUUUCUCUCUCUUCCCCUUCUCUUUCCUUGUCUCUCUCCUCUCUUUCCUGCUAACCCUCUCUUGCUCCCUCUUCACCUCCUCCUCCUCCUCUUCUUCCAAAGACCCUUUUCACCAAAAGCAAAACCAACCCAUCUUCUCUUUCACCCUGAUCACGCAAUCCCAGCACAGACUCUUGGUCGCCAAAUCGAUUCUUCUCGCCGUCGUCUUCCUGCUUCGUUUUCAGGCGCUUCGAUAUUGCGGCACCGCCGCCUUGAUCCUCGCUGAAUUGUCCGGAAACGUUGCCGCACGGUUCCUGGCCGAGGGCCGGGACUCGAAUCUCGGUGGCGAUCGGAAUCGGUCCUCCAAGGUUCGUGGGUUCCUCGCUCUGUUUUCUGGGUUGCUUUUGUUAUCUUUGAGUUGGGAUCGGAUUGAAUGCUUCCCAUUUUCUGCUAAGUCGGUUGAAAGUUUGGGACUUUCGGUGUUUCCAAGAGUGGAUUGUGUUAGAAUUUGGCCAAUGUUGCUUCCAUUUCUAUCUGGGUUUUUGGGGUGUUACGAGCGUGUUUCGAUGAAUUGGGGGACAAUUAGGCAAUUAGGUCGGAAGCGGGUUCGUUUAAUUUCGUUGUUCUUUACAACUGUAGUGCUUUUCGUUCCUGCUGUUGUUAGUGUUUUCAUGUUUGAAGCUGAGGGAGAUGUAGUUUCCAUUGGAAAUUUGGCUUGGCCUCUGGCAAACACUGUUGUUUUUGGGGUGCUUCUGAGUGAAAGUUAUGGUGAUGACAAGUCAGUGAGUUCUAAAGAUUUCCGGAAAGAGUAUUUGGUUACAUUUUUAUGCACUCUUGUUUUGGAGUUGUUUUAUUUUCCUGAACUAUCACUUUGGGGACUAUUGCUCUGUGGUUUGUUACUAUAUGUUGCUGUUAGGGAAUUGGAUCCUUAUUACUCAAAUUAUCUUGAACUGGGGAUGGAGUCUUCUGAAUCAUUUACUACUGCCAUUAUGAAGCCUAUUAGACACAUUUUGAGUGAGAGGAAGUCUCGCAAGAUUGCACUUUUCCUUCUGAUCAAUACUGCAUACAUGUUUGUGGAAUUUGCUGCUGGGUUCAUGAGUAAUAGUCUAGGGCUGAUAUCAGAUGCCUGUCACAUGUUGUUUGAUUGUGCUGCCCUGGCAAUUGGGCUAUAUGCUUCGUAUAUUUCACGUUUGCCUGCGAAUCAUCAGUUUAAUUAUGGUCGUGGGAGAUUUGAGGUUCUUUCAGGAUAUACUAAUGCUGUUUUCCUGGUGUUGGUUGGAGCAUUAAUAGUGUUGGAGUCGUUUGAGAGGAUUUUGGACCCUCAGGAGAUAUCAACUAGCAGUUUAUUAGUUGUUUCAAUUGGAGGGCUUCUUGUCAAUGUGGUUGGCUUAGUCUUCUUUCAUGAGGAGCAUCAUCAUGCUCAUGGUGGAUCUGGAUCAUGCUCCCACUCCCACCAUCACCAGCAUUCGCAUGAUUCUGUUGGACAUGAUCAUGGAGGUCAUGGGAAGCAUGAGGAGUCUAUACCUAUUUCCAUUGAAUGCCAUGAAAAUUCAUGUUCCGGCCAUGAUGACCAUCAUGAUCACCAACAUGGCAGUUAUAUCGGUGCUAAAGACCACAAUUUCGGGAGCAAUGAGUGCCAUGAUCACGAUGGCCACAGUCACCAGCACGACCACUGUGGACACAGUCACCAGCACGACCACCAUGGACACAGUCACCAGCACGACCACCAUGGCCAGAGUCACCAGCACGACCACCAUGGCCACAGUCACCAGCACGACCACCAUCGCCACAGUCACCAGCACGAUCAACAUGAUCACGCCCACCAGCACGAUCAACAUGAUCACGCCCACCAGCACGAUCAACAUGAUCACGCCCACCAGCACGAUCAACAUGAUCACGCCCACCAGCACGAUCAACAUGAUCACGCCCACCAGCACGAUCAACAUGAUCACGCCCACCAGCACGAUCAACAUGAUCACGCCCACCAGCACGAUCAACAUGAUCACGCCCACCAGCACGAUCAACAUGAUCACGCCCACCAGCACGAUCAACAUGAUCACGCCCACCAGCACGAUCAACAUGAUCACGCCCACCAGCACGAUCAACAUGAUCACGCCCACCAGCACGAUCAACAUGAUCACGCCCACCAGCACGAUCAACAUGAUCACGCCCACCAGCACGAUCAACAUGAUCACGCCCACCAGCACGAUCAACAUGAUCACGCCCACCAGCACGAUCAACAUGAUCACGCCCACCAGCACGAUCAACAUGAUCACGCCCACCAGCACGAUCAACAUGAUCACGCCCACCAGCACGAUCAACAUGAUCACGCCCACCAGCACGAUCAACAUGAUCACGCCCACCAGCACGAUCAACAUGAUCACGCCCACCAGCAUGAUCACGCCCAUCAGCACGAUCAACAUGAUCACGCCCACCAGCACGAUCAACAUGAUCACGACUGCCAGCACGAACACCAUGACCACGCCUGCCAGCACAAACACCAUGACCACGCCCACCAGCAUACUCAUUCUUCUGAAGGCAAUAAAGCGGCAGAAUCUCACAUUCAAGGGGCAGGUUUUCAGCUGAAAAAACUGCCAACUGAUGGAGAAAAAACAGCUAAGCAUCAGCACCACCACAUUGACCACAACAUGGAAGGAAUAUUUUUGCAUGUUUUGGCUGACACCUUGGGAAGUGUCGGAGUUGUUAUAUCAACUCUCUUGAUUAAGUACAAGGGAUGGCUUGUUGCUGAUCCUGCCUGCUCGAUAUUUAUUUCUGUCUUGAUUAUAUCUUCAGUUAUCCCAUUGCUGAGAAACUCAGCAGAAAUCUUGCUCCAAAGAGUUCCCAGAGCACAUGAGCAGGAUUUGAGAAAAGCUCUUAUUGAUGUUAGGAAGAUACGGGGGAUUUCUGGCAUUCAAAACUUGCAUAUAUGGAGCUUCACCAACUCAGAAGUAGUGGGGACUCUCCAUCUUCAUGUUUCAACAGACAUUGACAAGGCUUCUACAAAGGCACAGGUGUCACAUGUACUGUACGAAGCUGGAAUCAAGGAUUUAACAUUGCAGUUGGAAUGUGUUGAACAAUAGCUUUAUAACUUUUGACGAUUUUCUUCUCCUUGACAGAACUAACUGUGAGAGAGUAGGCCAUUUGUUGUGGACUCGAAGUGAUUUUCUGAAUAUUGCCUGAUAAACUCCUUCAGUGAGCCUGUUGGGGAUUACAAAUGGGUCCUGCAGCGCUUCUUUUGUCAUCGUUCUGGAACUCUUCAUGUACAUCUUGAAGCUCAGAAAAACGUGAGAUAGAUGUUACCAAAGGUUAACAGGAUUAUGAUUCCAAUCUUCUCUGCUUGGAGAUCAGCAUGCAUUGCAUUGAUAGCUCGUGUUUGUGGUUCGUGUAAUUGUGUUUGUGUGGGCAUGUAAAGAAACAUGCAAAGAGAUUGGAUGUGUAACUUUUUUUGGCAGGCAAUAUAAUGUAGUUUGUGGUUCAUAUCCAUGAAUCAUUUGGAGUUUC